GGUGACACAAGUUGUGAUGAUGUGCGCUAUGAAGCUAUCGCAUUUGGGACCCGAUAGUCUGUUACUUCAGAAUCUCAAAGCCCCAUGUGGCACAUAUGACACGUUCACACAAUGUGUGAUCUCCUCUUUCGAACGAUAGUGCAUAGGGCAGCUGCCCUUUCCCUGGCCCUGCAUCACGUCUUGUCACCACGAAGCUUCUUGUAUAGCCUUCUUGACCAUUGGCAUCGGACUGACUGCAUUGCAAUUCGGCUUCAAGAGCCUCUGGUGAGAUCAUUAUGGCUGCCACUAUAUUGACUCGGGCAUUUCAACUGCUGCUCAUCGUCGGGCUGUUCUGUUCAACAACACACUCCGAGAUCGUCCGGACACAUCGAAGGCGGCAUGCUGUAACAAACCUCCGUCAUGUUCACUCUCACAUACGGCGUCAAGGCUCCAACACUGGCAUUUAUCCGGUGCUGGGUGUUCUCGGUCUCGGCCUAAACAACACCGCCCCUCGACUGGAAAUUCGCGAACUGCAGCGGAACCAAGAUCUCUUCAACCUUUAUCUACUUGGACUUCAGCACUGGCAAGAGACCAACCAGGACGACAAGUUUUCUUACUUUCAGGUUGCCGGGAUCCAUGGCCGACCGUUCAUACCUUGGGACGAUGUACCUGGACGUCCGCAGCCUUCUCAAGGCUACAAAGAAGGGUACUGUCACCACAGUAGCAACCUUUUCCCUACUUGGCACCGACCCUUCCUUGCUCUGGUCGAGGAACGCAUAUACUUUCACGCCCGGGAAGUUGUUGCUGGCUUCCCUGAAGGGGGGCUGAAAUCACGCAUGGUCGCUGCUUUGCCAGCACUUAGAUUGCCAUUUUGGGACGCAGCUGCCGUACCUCCAAUUGGUACCGGGUCAUACCCCUGGAGUGUACAGCGGAGUACAAUCGAGGUUGAGCUUCCAGAUGGAACAGGGUCGAUCAAGAAGACGAUACCUAAUCCUCUGUACUCGUAUAGUUUCCACCCGCUUCCUGCUAAAGAUCUAUUUGGCAAACUACCAUGGACACAUUGGCAGACAACAGUCCGUUACCCCACGGAUCGAUAUGCAAAUGCGCAUAGUCAGGAUUCGAAAAUCGCUUCGGAACUCGAUCUCAACCUAGUCAAUCUCCGGCAACGAACGUACCAGAUGUUUGCGAUGCAAAGAGACUACCACAACAUCAGUAACAACAUGGUCACUAACGGUGGUGUCCUGGAUAGCCUUGAAUCCGUGCACGAUACGAUCCACAACACAGUAGGCAGCUCAGGACCAGGACACAUGACGAAUGCCGCGUACUCGGCCUUCGAUCCAGUCUUCUGGUUACUGCAUACGAAUAUCGAUCGCAUGACUGCCAUUUGGCAGGCUCUCAAUCCCGAUAGCUGGGUGACAAACCAUUCCAAUCCCAUGGCAACGUUCACGUCAGACGCUGGUGCAUAUGCCGACGAGGACACCCCUCUACAUCCUUUCCAUCGCAACCAUGCCGGUGACUUCUGGACAUCGGCAAGUGUUCGAGAUCACACUAUUUUUGGAUAUACAUAUCCAGAGCUUCUUGGUCUCUCAGACCACGAUACUCUUGUGCGGAGAAUCAAUCAAUUAUAUGGCGAAGGUGCAACGUCGCAGUUCUCGUGGAAGCUGGGUGAUCCUAUUCCUCGGCCAGCCUCAGGUGUCGGAUAUACGCUCAAUGAGCGCGGAUCAAUCAGCAUGAGCAGCCCUCAGACAGGCAAAUACCAUUACCAGUACUUUGCCAACAUCAAGGUUCAGAAAUCUGGCUCAGAAGGCGGCUACAAGAUCUUUGUCUUCGUAGGACCGACGAGCGCGGCGACCACUGGCUCCACCUACGAUGCAACCGUCUGGAUGCGGGACCCAAGUUUCGUCGGCUUUACUGGAUUCCAAACCACAAAUAGUCACGGAGAUGGAUAUACAGGCGAUCCAAAUGCAGUGGGCGAUGCCAACGGGGUCGUCGCGAUGACGAUAGCGCUCGAAAAUCUCCUUCGGACAGGAGAGUUGACGAGUUUCGACGAGGAAGCCGUGGGAGAAUAUCUACAUGAGAACAUGAGCUGGAGAAUUACAACAGCUGACCACCGUAUCAUCGCACCGGAAGAUACGCCUGGAUUCCAGAUUGACGUAUCGUAUGCGAAGAUCAAACCGCCUACACCUGAUUCGUUUCCUGAGAUGCAGGGCGGUGGUUACAAACAACUGUUGCGAGCCACCAGUGGAAAGUCAGGAGGUGCUCAGGGUGAUUGAUAGUCGGUAUGAGCCAGCGAUGUGUAAGCUACAGCUGUGUUUGAGCUCUCUCGGCGUUUAUCGGGUUCCAGCCUUAUUAUGUGAUGUCCUUCUGAGUAGCAUAGUGAGGAUCAUUUUGACAUUUCGUUCGUUCUAGAAGCUUAUGGCAAGAAUGCAUUGAGCACUUCAAUCCCUAUGCUUGCUUCCGAUCAU